AUGUGGUUAUCGCGGUCGAUUGAGUUCUGGGGAUACCGGUUCGGUAUCAGCGCAAAUGCCGAAGGGGCCUCGACGCUGACACCACUCGAUUGGCACUUAUCUACUGGUCAGUACGAGAUCGGCCAGUGGGGAGAAUCCCCAGAUGUCAAGACGGCUGCCGAAGCCGCGAACAAAGGGAUCAACGAGGCGUUAUGUAGCCAUCGUCAACACGAGGCCCAGGCACAGGGACUCGUCCAGGGACGGGCUCGUCUAUCGCAGGACGUGAGGGUAGUAAUACAAGCGCGGACAGCGGUCUGGCCGAGCAGGGCGUCCGGGGUCUGGCCAAUGGCAGUGCGCGCUGCGCACCCCGGCGGCUUCCCAUUGGUGCACGCCAAAAGGGCUGAAGAGCCGGACGACCUGUUGCGGCGCUGCCCCGCCCGGCCUCUGCCGCUGACAAAUGCCCCAAGAUUCCUCAUCGCCGCAACCUUCGAGACCAAGUACUGUGCAGCAUCUUCCCCAGCCGAGCCAUCGCAUCACAAUCACCACAUGCCUCCCCCUCGCGACCCCUUCUGGCGCUGA